GCGGUAACAGACGGAGAGUAAAGGACCACCAGAAGACAGUCACAGAACACAUAACGGAAUAGAACAGUUCUCCAGCGGUUGUUAGAAUGAAAGAAGUUGUAUUCUACUACGAUGUUGUUUGUCCAUUCGCCUUUAUGGCAAGUAAGCUGAUAGAGGGUGUUGCCCGUCGAACUGGAGCAAAAAUUCGGUGGAAACCUGUUCUUCUAGGUAAAGUAUGUAACACUGAUCGCGUGAAUGUUGACAAGGGGAAUUUGAUUUGUUUAUGUGAUUGGCGUAAUAGCCGAUACAAGUAAUUUAUUAAAAAACGUGCAUGUUAUCCCCAAACUUGACAAUUAAUUUUGCUAGCGAAUUGCGUGACGAAUUUCGUGCAUGCACGAUAGAAAAUUGAACGGUUGUCAGCAGAGGCUGCUUUUUGCAUGCCAGCUUCUACGGCGAAAAUGUAGCCUCUGCUCGCAGGGUACACGAGUCGAUCAGUUAAUUUUUUUUAUUGGUUUCACUUUUACUCUUAUUGAAGCAGGGCUUCUUGGGAGUCUUCUCCUCAUGUUCCUCUGUGAUAAUCUCACCAAACAAUGACGUACUUUACAAGAACAAGAAAUUAAUUUUGACAGUUUCCCUGCCUCCUUUUUCAGAACAAGACCACUUCAAACAACUCCACACCCCUGGCCCUAAGGGCCUGAAUUUUCCUGGGGGUUGCCUUGGGAGGGCAAAGGGGAUGGUAGCCAGUAAAAUUUAACCAUGUAUUAUGCUUUGGAAAAAUCAUUCACAGCCCCUGAAAUUUCUAAUGUUAUUGAUUUGUAAAUCUGAUAACAGUAAGUAUUCUAAGCAAAAAAGAGCCUGUACAGUUUGUUGCACAACGAGUGUUCUGACCAGGUGGAUGAAUAAUAGUUCUAUUGUCAGUUUAAUUUCCUUGUGCAGAGCAACAAUACUUUACCUAGCUGUUGACUGUGGUUUUUGGUGUGAUAUACAUUUCUUUUUCUUAUUUUCUGAUAUUUAAAGGUGGCCUGUACAAAGGGACACAGGCACCCCAGGGUGCUGCAGGAUCUGCAUAUGAUGCUAUGUGUGCCUCUAAAAUAAAGAUAUUAGCUGAUGGUAAGGAUUUACAGGCCUCAAAAUAUUUGGGAGCAUUCUUGUUACCAUUUUUUGUAAUAUUUACUGUGUAUACAGUUACAGUUAAUUGGAAACAGAAUUUGAUUUAACACAACAACAUGUAAGGAAAGAAGCAGAUACAGUCAAACCUCUAUUAAGCGGUCACCCUCGAGAAUUAGCCAGCUGACCACUCAAUCUAGAGGUUUUCUAAAAUUAGUAACUAUUAAAUAUAGCCCAUAAUGUGGCAGAAAUUGACAUAGAGGGCAAAAUUCAUCACGGUUUACAAUUUACUGUUCACAAUAGCAGUAACAGGAAAUAUCAUAAAAGUAUUUGGAUGUUCUGGGGAGUUCAUGCUUAAACAACAAAUUUAUUUUUACAUUAGUGUCGUUCGUAGGGCAAGCAUCUUUUCAAUCAAGCACAUCAACAAUUUUAAAACCUUAUUCAACAUAGAGAGAGAUGUGUAUUUAAUACCUAUGUUACAAUGUUAUUCUGCGUUUGAUGAAUAUUGGAAGAAACUGGAAAUACUUCUGUUAUCUUCCUGUUAAACUUAAAAAAUAUGCAGGGCUUCUGAUAUUUAGCAGAAAAAAAAGCAAAAUUUCGUGGGAUUUUCAGGGGCAAAUUCUUAGGAAAAUAGGCCAAUUUCACAGGAAAUUUCGGGAGGAAACUUCGCUGAGAAACAAUCAGUAAAAAACAGCCGAUUUCGCUGGAUUUUUUUUUGGCAAAUUUCGCUAAAAUUGAUCAAUUUUGCGUUGAUAUGACCAGCGUUGGUAAACGUUUCUUUUAACAGGGAUAAUCAUUUGCUCUUUCAACAACAAUUCACUCGAGAAAUGAGAGAAUGCUAAAGCUAUAUUAACAUAAUGGUUAGAGCCCAGUUUUUCGCAACGUUCAUAUAAAAACGCCUGGUAGUUUUGGGAGGUUGUUUACUCGUUGCAGUGAUGAAGUUUCAAGCUAAAUUUGGACGUUUGGUGUGAACAAAACCGGUCUAAUAGCCAAGAUAACCAUUAAAUAUGUUUUGCCGACAUGUACUUGGAAAUAUUUCUGGUGGAUUUCGCGAUAUUUCGCGUUUUUUGGGGAAUUUCGUGGGAUUUCACGGAAAUACCUGAAUUUUGCGGAUCCGCGACCGCGCGAAAUACCAGAAGCCCUGAAUAUGCCAAUUAUUUAUUGUUAUGUACAAGGUGACAGUUUAACAGAGUUAAGUUAUUUCAGAGAAUUAGCCAUUUGGGAAAUCCGAACAGUUACCACGUCCACUUAACAAAGGUGACUGUUCAAUAGAGGCCAAAUUUACAUUAUGGGAAGCAGAUUUUGGGAAAUUGAUGGGCAAACGCUUAAUAGAGGGUGAUCACUUAACCGAGGGGGGUUUAAUAGAGGUUUGACUGUAUGUGGUUGAGCCAGGGAAUAAACCAGGGUCUCCAAAUAGGUCCAACUAUCUUGGACAAAAGUGCUUGGGACAGUGUUGCAGUAUUUUCUGUAAUUUCUCGGUGCCCUCAAAAGACAGUGCAACGUUUUAAAAAAAUUCUGUCAGGUCUCCCUCCUCCCUGCCUUAAAUCCAACCUUGUUUGUGGGAUGGGAGGAGGGGUUGGGCAUAUGUGAUUUCAGGGAAGUGGGGCUUUGUGGUUCUGUCCAAUUGAUUGUAGUUUUGAUGCUGGUGAGACCACUCAACCACUGAACCAACCACUUGCAACAUUAUUGCUGUUCAUUGACCUUUAGGUAGCCAGGUCUGGGGGAGACAGCUAGAUCAACACAUUUUUCUGCAAUCAGGGUCACUUCUUCAUCCCCCAGUCAAUGGUUGAUACACAGCCCUAUCCCACUAAAAAAAGUAUUAAUUGCCCCCUCUUCGAGAUUGACCUGUCUGUUUUUUCGAGCAGAUCAUGUACAUAAUUAUAUAUCUAUAGCAUAGGGUAUAAAAAUAAUGGCGUUUAUGCCGCUAAGGACGUUUCACCAGGAGGAACAUUUGUGCCUCAGAGACAGAAAAUUCCAUGCUGAUGAUGUAAAAUUCUGUCCAGGAACUGGUCAGGAGCUCUGAUUGGUCGACAUACAUGCAGUAGUUAUACCUGUUGUUUACAAAUGCCAAACAAAAGACAAAAGGCCACAAAUUUCAAAUGUACUAGUAAAUGGGGUCGUAAACAUAAUGAAUUUACUGUAAAACAGUCAGUAUUCGUGGAAUACAAAAUUAUGUAUUCUUCUUUAGAAAAAGCGUUUUGCUGGAGCUUGAUUUUUGUUUGCAGUAGAACACAACACUUUACCAUAAUGGACCAGGACAAACAUAAAAUCAAACAAAUGUACAUUUGGAACCCCCUGACUACCGGAUUUUAUUAUGUAAACAUUGAUUUACAUCAUCAGUAUGGAAUUUCUGUCACUGAGGCGCAGAUGUUUCUCCUGGUGAAACAUCCCUAGCUGGGAGGUGCAAGGAGAAAGGGCUGUAUUUGGCUGCUAAUAAUGCUGUAAAAAAACUUGCUGAAACUCUACAUUUUUGUAUGACUAACAUCGUUGCCUCAUGUCGAGAGAAUAAAAAAAGUCUACUACAAUAAUUGCUCGUAUUAUUUUUUCAGAUUUAAAAAGGACAAAGCUUCAUUUGGGAAUAACUGAAGGAACUGCUCCAUUUGAACAUCCAAUUAAAACUCUUAGGCCAAUGCGUCUCUUAGCUGCUGCUGCUGAAUUGAAUGAAGAAGUCUGUGUUCCACUAUCACACAAGCUGUUUGCUGAUUACUGGGUUCACAAUAAAGGUGUGUUUGAAUAAGUUACAUGUACAUGCAGGGCUCGAAAUUAACGCUCGCAAACUCGCAAAAUGCGAGUGAUUUUGAUAAUCUGCGAGUAAGAAAAAUGUCCACUAGCAAACGAUUGCGAGUUAGAAUUAUCCAUGUCUCCCAAACAAAGGGAAAUAAAUUGCUUGUGGUCUCACCAGUUUGCUAGUCGAAAAAAAUCUUACUAGCAAAACUUUGCAAGUGCACUAAAAAGAUAACUUCGAGCCCUGACAUGUAUGUACUUAGUUUGGGUAUCAAUGACGUGAAUUACUGUUACUGUUAAAUAAUAAUGGUACAUGUACACUGUAGGUAGCACAUUCACAAAGUGGUUCUUUGUCUCCAUGAUUCCUGGUCGAAUCAGAAUUUGGAAAUGUUGGUUUUUGAGGAGAGGGGAAGACCGGAGUACCCGGAGAAAAACCAAAUUAAAACAAACUCAACCCACAAAUUAAAAUUAACCAAAUUAAAACAAACUCAACCCACAUAUAAAACAAACUCAACCCCCAUAUAAUUAAAAAAAAAACAAAACCCACAUAUGGCAUCGACACCGGGAUUUGAAUCUGGGCCACAUUGUUGAGCGCUCUCACCACCGCACCAUCCUUUCAAAGAAGCAGCAAAGCAAAACACUUAAAAAGCUUCCUCCGUGUUGUGAUUUUAAUUUUGCCCAUGAGCUUUUGUGUUUACUUACAGUGUACAAUGUGUAUGGUCCCUAGUCUGACUUUCAAAUGCGGCCAUUUCGCUCAAGUGAUCUUUUAAGUAAUACUAGACUGAGCCUCCACAAUGCCUGGAAUUUUUUUGUCCAUGCUAUCCAAAGUCUAGGGGUAAUUACACAAUGUUCUCCUUGUCAGGCUGUAACUGCUUACUGCUUGAAGUACUGUUUAAAAAAUGAUCAGGAGUGUAUUAUCAGGUUAAAAAACUCUUAGCUUUGCCUCGAGGUUUUAAACCUGAUAAUACAUGACUGCGAGUUUUUUGAACAGCUUCAAAAUCUCUGAUAAACUCUGAUCAACUCAUUCUUGCACUUAUAUUUAGAUUUGGGUUUAUUUUGGUCAGUUUAGCCAUUUCUUUAUCAGAUAUACAUGUAAAGACACUCAUUAAGCAUUAAUUUCUUUUGUUUUUUCUUGAUGAAUAACUAUUGAUGAGGUUUUGAAGCAACACUUCUUACCACCUGCAAUGGCUUGAAGUUUCACUAAAUUUAAUAAGUUGUUUAAAAAAACGCAAGUUUUGAUCCGAGCUGAUUCUCACAAGAAAAUUAAGUAAAAUACGGAAAAACAUAAAAGUAUACUGUCACAGCUAUUGUCUCUGAGUACGUUAUGUAAUUGCUGACUGGUAACUUCUGAAGUUCCCUGCUAGCAGAGGUCUCUCACGACGAGGCAAAAAUUAAUGAGAGAAAGGAGUCUCUCUCCUUUCUCUCAUUUUUGCCUCGUCGUGAGAGACCUCUGCUAGCAGGGAACUUCUGAAGCACUGCAGCCUAGCAAUUAAAUUUUUUUUCUUGCUCUUCUGUUAUCUAGUCUUGCUGGACUUCAUCACUCGCUUUCACUCACUUCGCAAGCGUCCCUCUUGCCUUGGGCGCUCUCGCAGUUGACUUGUGGCAUGCAGCUGCAUUGACGCCUGCCUUUAUCAGCUGUGGUUCACACCCUGCUCAUGGUACAAUAAAGCGACAGCAGUCCAUGGUGUCACUUUUGUCUGUGUCAGUUUAAGUUUACAAUGUAUUUGUUUGCCAGAAAAAAAAAUACAGUUAUUUAAAAUAUCACAUAAAAUGAUAGUUACCGUAAAUUCUAAAAAUAACGUAAAUUACAGAAUUUUGUAGCAAUCCAAAGUGGAGAGACCGCUGACUUAAUUUAAAAUGAUUCUUCAUGUAGGCCACCCCAAGGGUAUCUCUGAAAAUUGCCUCUUUUCUUUUCUUUUUUUUUCUUUUCUUUACAUAACUUGUGGUGAGUUUUUAACGUCUGAUCUGAAAGCUGAAAACUUACCAUAAAUUAUAUACUUACCAUAUACAUGCUGAUUUGCCUAAAAUAGGUUUUUUAAAAAAAAUAGGGAAUGACGCUUCAGGGAACUUAGCUCCUGAAACUUUUCCAGGGAGGGUGGGGUCAUAACCUCCCCCCUACCCCCAGGAGAGUGCCCCACUGGAGCAUUAUUUUUUUUCUCUACCAGUCAGGAAUGGUGACUUUUCUGCUGAGCUAAACUUUAGGGAGAACACUGCUUACAUGUACUCUUUUCUAAUUCAUGGGAAAACCGGAAAUUCUGAUUGGAAAAUCAAAUGGUUUGCACCUUUCUGUAUGGAAAGCUUCGGAAAUUAUGGGCUGUGAUUUGUAUUUUUAUGCAAAAGAUUUCCACCCAGGUGGUAUGGUAAGCACGCUAGAUAUUUCCCUGGCAACGUUUUUUUGUUGUUGUUUGUUUCUCUCUCUUUUUGCUUUCAACAUUCGUAUCACAAGGUAAUGCAAUGUCUUUGAUGAGGCCUCUGUUCUUGUUCUAAUCAUUGACAGUUCAACACUGUACAUCAGGCCUACAGUGAUGUAAUAUGUCAUGAUUGGUUUGUAGAGUAAAACCGCAUAACAGGGCCCUUAAAAUCAGACAAUGGCAACAUCAACAGGAACGUCAAAAAAACAGUAGGUGUAACCAGCAAAUCAGCAACUUUGCAUAUUUUUAUUCUUAUCAUUGUGUGACUGCAAUGUGAAAAUGUCUUAUUUCACAUCUUAUGGAGAACAUAAACAAGUGACAACAAAAUGUUCUUCCUUCAUUUGCAUGUGGUUCUUAGGAGUUCAGCUCCAGGAGAGUUCGUUUUUUUGUGAAAGUAAGUGAGUUGGAACAAUCAUGAUUAGGAUUGGAAGAACAAGAAGUCACUUUUCAAGAAAUGUUCUUUUCACCACCGUUGCCAUUUUCAGUUUUGAAGGUCCUAUUAUUACUUUUACAUCUUCAAGUCAGAGAUGAUUGUAAUUAUCUUUCUGCAGAUGUAAGAGAAAACAGUGUUUUACAAGAGAGUGCUUCAACUGUUGGGUGGCAUGUUAACAUUGAUGACAUGAUCAGUGGAGUAGGAAGAGAGAAGCUGCUGCAGAAUACAGAAGAAGCCUUAAACAGGGGAUCAUUUGGGGUACCUAGGUUAGUUAAUACUUCAACCGAUGUUUCCUGUUGGUUGUCAAUGUUUUUUCUCUUUUCGACUCUUUCUUACAGUUGCUAUUUUCCGAAAAAAAGACUCUCAAUGUCAAAUCAACAACUAUUCUUCAUGGUCUUUAAUCUUAUCCACCAUAGAGAUGGCAUCAAAAUGUUGCAGUAACAACACUCACUUGUGUUGUAUCAUACAUAUUGUUACCAUGUGUUCCCCUGUGUUACCCUUUGUUGCCUUGUAUUACCCCGUGUUACCCAUGAUACCCUCUGUUACCCUCCAUUACCCUGUGUAACCUUGUGUUACCCUGUGUUACUCUAUGUUACCCUGUGUUUUCCCUGUGUUACCUUGUGUUACCCUGUGUUACUCUGUGUUACCCUGUGUUUUCCCUGUGUUACCUUGUGUUACCCUGUGUUCCCCUCUGUUACCUUAUGUUACCCCAUGUUACCCUGAGUUACCCUGUCUUACCCUGUGUUACCUUGUGUUACCCCAUGUUACCCUGAUUUACCCUCUGUUACCCUGUAUUACCUUGUGUUCCCAUGUGUUACCUUGUGUUACCUUUUUUUUCCCCUGUUACCCUUUGUUACCUUCUGUUAGCCCAUAUUACCCCCUGUUACCCUGUGUUACCAUGUGUUGCCUUGUGUUCCACUGUGUUGCCUUGUGUUACAUUGUCUUCCCCUGUGUUUCCCUGUGUUCCCCCAUGUUCCCCUGUGUUACCCUGUGUUACGUAGUGUUACCCUAUGUUAAUCUGUUUUACCCUGUGUUACCCUGUGUUGCUCUGUGUCACCCUGUGUUACCCUGUGUUACCUUGUGUUACUCUGUGUCCCUCUGUGUUACCUUGUGUCACCUCGUCUUACCCUGUGUAACCCGGUGUUACUAUGUGUUACCUUGUAUUACACUGUGUUCCCAUGUGUUACCUUGUUUUACCCCAUGUUACCAUAAUUACCAUGUUACCAUAAUGUUACCUUGUAUUACACUGUGUUCCCAUGUGUUACCUUGUGUUACCCCAUGUUACCAUAAUUAUGUUACCCUAUGUUACCCUGUCUCACCCAUGUUCCCCUGUGUUACCCUUUGUUACCUUCUACCCGUGUUAGCCCAUGUUAACCUGUUACCCUGUGUUACCUCGCAUUACCCUGUGUUACCUUGUGUUACCCUGUGUUACCCUUUAUUACCUCCUGUUACCCUAUGUUACCCUGUGUUACCUUAUGUUACCUUGUGUUACCUCGUCUUCCUCUGUGUUACCCUGUGUUACCUUGUGUCACCCCGUGUUACCAUGUUACCCUGCAUCACCCUGUGUCACCCAUGUUCCCUUAUGUUACCCUUUGUUACCUUCUGUUACCCUGUGUUACCCCAUGUUACCCUGUGUUACCCUGCAUUACCUCGGGUUACCCUGUGUUGCCCUUCAUUACCUUCUGUUACCCCGUGUCACCCUGUGUUACCUCGUGUUACCCUGUGUCACCCUGUUUUACCUUGUGUUACCCUGUGUUACCCUGUGUUAUCUCAUGUUACCCUAUGUUACCCUGUGUUACCCUUUUUUCCUUCUGUUACCCUCUGUUACCCUGUGUUACUUCGUGUUACCCUGUGUUACCUCGUGUUACCCUGUCUUACCCUAUGUUACCCUGUCUUACCUCAUGUUACCCUGUGUUACCUUGUCUUACCCUUUAUCACCUUCUGUUACCCUGUGUUACCUCGUGUUACCACCUGUUACCCUGUGUUACCUCAUGUUACCCUGUGUUACCUUGUCUUACCCUUUAUUACUUUCUGUUACCCCGUGUUACCGGGUGUUACCCUGUGUCACCUUGUGUUACCCUUUGUUACCCUGUGUCACCCUGUGUUAACUUGUGUUACCCUGUGUUACCCUGUCUUACCUUGUCUUACCCUUUAUUACUUUUUGUUUCUCCAUGUUACCCUGUGUUACCCCGUGUUACCUUGUCUUACUUUGUGUUACCCUGUGUAACCCUGUGUUAACUUGUCUUGCCCUGUGCUACCCUGUGCUACCCUGUGUUACCUUGUGUUACCCUGUGUUACCCUGUGUCACGCUGUGUUACCCCAUGUCCCCUGUGUUACCCUGUGUUACCCUAUGUUACCGUGUGUUACCUCAUGUUACCACGUGUUACCCCAUGUUACCCCAUGUAACCCUGUAUUACCCUAUGUUACCUAGUGUUAGCCUGUGUUAUUCGUCGUUACCCUGCGUAACCUUGUGUUACCCUGUGCUACCUCAUGUUAACCUGUCUUACCUUGUGUUACCUCGUCUUUCCCUGUUACCUUGUGUUACACUGCGUUCGCAUGUGUUCCCCUGUCUUACCUUGUGUUUCCCCUGUUCCCCCUUGUUACCCCUUGUUACCACUUGUUACCCCUGUCACCAAUUUUUACCCCUUGGUCCCCCUUGUUACCCCUGUUACCCCUUGUUCCCCUUGUUACCUCUCUUACCCCUUGUUACCCCUGUUACCCAUUGUUACCCCUUGUGACCACCAUGUCUUGUUACCCCUGUCACACCUUUUUACCCCUUUGUUACCCCUUUUACCCCUUGUUACCCCUGUUCCCCUUGUUACCCAUGUUACCCCUUGUUACUCCCUGUUACCCCUGUUACCCCUUGUUCCUCCUUGUUACCACUUGUUAUCCCUGUUCCCCCUUGAUACCCGUGUUACCCCUUGUUCCCCCUUGUUGCCCUUUGUUCCCUCAUGUUACAUGUCCUACCUCGUCUUUCCCUGUGUUACCUUGUGUUACACUGUGUUCGCAUGUGUUCGCCUGUCUUACCUUGUGUUUCCCCUGUUCCCCCUUGUUACCACUUGUUACCCCUGUUACCCCUUUUUACCCCUUGGUCCCCCUUGUUACCCCUGUUACCCCUAGUUCCCCUUGUUACCUCUCUUACCCCUUGUUACCCAUUGUUACCCCUUGUGACCACCAUGUCUUGUUACCCCUGUCACCCCUUUUUACACCUUUGUUACCCCUUUUACCCCUUGUUACCCCUGUUCCCCUUGUUACCCAUGUUACCCCUUCUUACUCCCUCUUACCCCUGUUACCCCUUGUUCCUCCUUGUUACCACUUGUUAUACCUGUUCCCCCUUGAUACCAGUGUUACCCCUUGUUCCCCCUUGUUCCCCUUUGUUCCCUCAUGUUACACCUGUUACCCCUUCUUACGCGUUGUUACCCCUUGUUACCUUUUGUUAACCCUCUUACCCCUUAGUACCCCACUUCCCGUUGUUAGCCUUUUUAACCCUUACUUUCCGUUGUAACCUAUGUUACCCCUUGUUACCUCUGCUACACCUUCUUCACCCAUAUUGACCCUGUUACCCCUUGUUACUCCUUGUUACCAAUUAUUACACCUGGUUACCCCUGCUACCCAUUCUUACCCUUUGUUACCUCUGUUACCCCUUGUUACCCCUUGUUACCCCUCAUUACCCAUUUUACCCAUUUACCACUUGUUACCCCUUGUUACCCCUUUUACCCCUUGUUUCCCCUUGUUCCUCUUUGUUACCCCUGUUACCCCUUAACUUGUUACCCUUUGUUACCCUUGUUACCCGUUGUUGCCUCUUGUUACCCCUGUUACCCCUUGUUACCCCUAUUACCCCUUGUUAUCCUUGUUACCCUUGUUACCCCUUGUUACCCCUUGUUCCUCUUUGUUACCCCAUGUUACCUCUUGUUACCCAUGUUACCCUUUGUUCCCUUUGUUACCCGUUAUUACCUCUUCUUACCCCCAUUACCCCUUGUUACUCUUGUUACCCUGUUACCCCUGUUACCCCUUGUUACCCCUUGUUACCCUUGUUCCUUCUUUUACCCCUUGUUACCCCUCGUGCCCCUUGUUACUGUUGUUACCUCUUGUUACCCCUUGUUACCCUUUCUUACCCCUUGUUACCCCUCUUACCCGUUGUUGCCCUUUGUUACCCUUGUUGCCCCUUUUACCCCUUGUUACCCUUUGUUACCUCUUGUUACCCCUUGUUACCCCUUGUUACCCCUCUUACGCCUUGUUACCCUUGUUACUCCUGUUACCCUUUUUACCCCUGUUACCCCUUGUUAUCCCUGUUCCUCCAUUACCCCUUGUUACCUUUGUUACCCUUGUUAUCCCUGUUCCCCUUUAUUUCCUCUUGUUACCCCUUGUUACCCUUUGUUACCCUUCUUGCCCCUUCUUACCCCUGUUAUCCCUUGUUACCUUUGUUACCCCUGUUACCCCUUGUUACCCUUCUUACCCCUGUUACCCCUUGUUACCCUUGUUACCCUUUGUUACCUCUGUUACCCCUUGUUACCCCUGUUAUCCCUUGUUAGCCCUGUUACUUGUUGUUACCCCUUGUUACCCCUAUUACUCUUGUUACCGCUGAUACUCCUUUUUACCCCUUGUUACCCUUGUUACCCCUGUUACCCCUUGUUACCCCUGUCACCCUUUGUUACCUUUGUUACCCCUUGUUACCCCUGUUACCCCUUCUUACUCUUUAUUACCCCUGUUACCCUUUGUUACCCCUGUUACCCCUUGUUACCCUUGUUACCCCUGUUACCCCUUGUUACCCCUGUUAUCCUUUGUUACCCCUUGUUACCCCUGUUACCCCUUGUUACCCUUGUUACCCCUGCUACCCCUUGUUACCCCUGUUACCGCCCUUUACCCCUGUUACUCCAUUACCCCUUGUUACCCUUGUUACCCCUUGUUACCCCUGGUACCCCUUGUUACCCUUCUUACCCCUUGUUACCCAUGUUGCCCCUUUUACCCCUUGUUACCCUUUGUUACCUCUUGUUACACUUUGUUACCCCUUGUUACCUCUUGUUACCCCUUGUUAACCCUUGUUACCCCUGUUACCCCUUGUUACCCCUCUUACCCCUUGUUACCCUGCUUACCCCUUGUUCCCCUUUGUUACCCCUUGUUACCCCUUGUUACCCAUAUUACCCCUUGUUACCCUUGUUACCCCUUCUUACCUCUUGUUACCCCUCUUACCCCUUGUUACCCUUCUUACCCCUGUUGCCCCUUGUUACCCUUUGUUACCCCUUGUUACCCCUUGUUACCCCUGUUACCUCUUCUUACCCCUGUUACCCCUUGUUACCCCUUGUUACCCCUGUUACUCCUUGUUACCCCUUGUAACCCCUUGUUACCCUUGUUACCCCUUGUUACCCCUUGUUACCCUUUGUUACCCUUGUUACCCCUGUUACCCCUUGUUACCCCUUGUUACCCCUUUACCCUUUUUGCCCUGUUACCCUUGUUACCCUUUGUUACCCUUGUUACCCCUGUUACCCCUUUGUUACCCUUGUUACCCCUGUUACCCCUUGUUACCCUUUGUUACCCCUGUUACCCCUUGUUACCCCUUUGUUACCCUUUGUUACCCUUGUUACCCUUGUUUACCCCUUGUUACCCUUUGUUACCCUUUGUUGUUACCCUGUUGCCCCUGUUACCCUUGUUACCCCUGUUACCCCUUGUUACCCCCUUUGUUACCCUUGUUACCCUUGUUACCCCUUGUUACCCUUGUUGUUUGUUACCCCUUGUUACCCCCUUGUUACCCCUUGUUACCCCUUUGUUACCCUUCUUUUGUUACCCCUUGUUACCCUUGUUACCCCUGUUACCCUUGUUACCCUUUACCCUUUGUUACCCUUGUUACCCUUGUUACCCCUUACCCCUUGUUACCCUUUGUUACCCCCCCUUUGUUACCCUUUUGUUACCCUUGUUACCCUUGUUACCCUUGUUACCCCUGUUACCCCUUGUUACCCUUGUUACCCCUUGUUACCCUUGUUACCCCUUGUUACCCUUUGUUACCCUGUUACCCCUUUGUUACCCCUUUUUACCCUUUGUUACCCUUUGUUGCCCUUGUUACCCUUUGUUACCCCUUGUUACCCUUGUUACCCCUUGUUGCCCCCUUUUGUUACCCUUUGUUACCCUUGUUACCCUUUGUUACCCCUUUGUUACCCCCUUGUUACCCUUUGUUACCCUUUACCCUUACCCCCCUGUUACCCCUGUUGUUGCCCUUGUUACCACCCUUGUUACCCUGUUACCCCCUGUUACCCUUUGUUACCCCUUGUUACCCCUUGUUACCCUUGUUACCCCUUGUUACCCUUGUUACCCUUGUUACCCCUUGUUACCCUUGUUCCCCUUGUUGCCCCUUUUACCCCUUGUUACCCUUGUUACCCCUUGUUAUUCUUGUUACCCCUUUUACCCUUUGUUACCCCUGUUACCCCUUGUUAACCUUUGUCACCCUUAUUACCCUUGUUAUCCCUUGUUACCACUUUUUACCCCUUGUUACGCCUUGUUACCCCUGUUACCCCUUGUUACCCUUGUUACUCCUGUUACCCUUUUUACCCCUGUUACCCCUUGUUACCUUUGUUACAAUUGUUGUCCCUGGUCCCCUUUAUUACCUCUUGUUACCCCUCUUACCCCUGGUUACCCUGCUUACCCCUUUGUUACCCCUUGUUACCCAUGUUACCCCUUGUUACCCUUGUUACCCCUUCUUACCUUCUUUUACCCCUCUUACCCCUUGUUACCCUUCUUACCCCUGUUGCCCCUUGUUACCCCUUGUUACCCCUGUUAUCCUUUGUUACCCCUGUUACCCCUUUUUACCCCUGUUACCCCUGUUACCACCCUUUACCCCUGUUACUCCAUUACCCCUUGUUACCCUUGUUACCCCUUGUUACCCUUGUUACCCUUGUUACCCCUUGUUACCCUUGUUCCCCUUGUUGCCCCUUUUACCCCUUGUUACCCUUUGUUACCUUUUGUUACACUUUGUUACCCCUUGUUACCUCUUCUUACGCCUUGUUAACCCUUGUUACCCUCUGUUACCCCUUGUUACCCCUCUUACCCCUUGUUACCCUGCUUACCCCUUUGUUACCCCUUGUUACCCAUGUUACCCCUUGUUACCCUUGUUACCCCUUCUUACCUUCUUUUACCCCUCUUACCCCUUGUUACCCUUCUUACCCCUUUGUUACCCCUUGUUACCCCUUGUUACCCCUUGUUACCCCUGUUACCCCUUUUUACCCCUGUUACCCCUUGUUACCCCUUGUUACCCCUGUUACUCCUUGUUACCCCUUGUUACCCUUGUUACCCUUGUUACCCCUGUUACCCUUUGUUACCCUUUGUUACCCUUGUUACCCCUUCUUACCCCUGUUACCCCUUGUUACCCUUUGUUACCCCUUGUUACCCUUUGUUACCCCUUGUUACCCUUUGUUACCCCUUGUUACCCCUGUUACCCUUGUUACCCUUUGUUACCCCUGUUACCCCUUGUUACUCUUUGUUACCCUUGUUACCCCUGUUACGCCUUGUUACCCCUGUUGUCCUCUGUUACCCCUUGUUACCCAUGUUACCCCUUGUUACCCCUUGUUACCCCUUUUACCCCUUGUUACCCUUUGUUACCCCUUGUUACCCUUUGUUACCCCUUGUUACCCUUUGUUACCCCUUGUUACCCCUGUUACCCUUGUUACCCUUUGUUACCACUGUUACCCCUUGUUACCCUUUGUUACCCUUGUUACCCCUGUUACGCCUUGUUACCCCUGUUGUCCUCUGUUACCCCUUGUUACCCAUGUUACCCCUUCUUACCCUUUGUUACCCCUUGUUACCCCUGUUACCCUUGUUACCCUUUUUACCCCUGUUACCCCUUGUUACCUUUGUUACAAUUGUUGUCCCUGGUCCCCUUUAUUACCUCUUGUUACCCCUUGUUACCCUUUGUUACCCUUGUUGCCCCUUCUUACCCCUGUUACCCCGUGUUACCCUUCUUACCCCUGUUACCCCUUGUUACCCUUGUUACCCUUCUUACCCUUUGUUACCUCUGUUACCCCUUGUUACCCCUGUUAUCCCUUGUUAGGCCUGUUACUUGUUGUUACCCCUAUUUACCCCUAGUACUCUUGUUACCCCUGUUACUCCUUUUUACCCCUUUUUACCCCGGUUUACCCUUGCUACCCCUAUUACUCUUGUUACUCUUGUUACCCCUGUUACCCCUUGUUACCCCUGUCACCCUUUGUUACCCUUGUUACCCCUUGUUACCCCUGUUACCCCUGUUACCUCUUUUUACCCUUUGUUACCCUUGUUACCCCUGUUAUCCUUUGUUACCCCUUGUUACCCCUGUUACCCCUUCUUACCCCUGUUACCCCUUGUUUCCCCUUGUUACCCCUGUUACCCCUUGUUACCCUUUGUUACCCCUUGUUACCCCUGUUAACCCUUCUUACCCCUGUUACCCCUUGUUACCCCUUGUUACCCCUGUUACCCCUUGUUACCCCUUGUAACCCCUUCUUACCCUUCUUACCCCUGUUACCCCUUGUUACCCCUGUUACCCUUUGUUACCCUUGUUACCCUUGUUACCCCUUGUUACCCCUGUUACCCCUUUUUACCCCUUGUUACCCCUGUUACCCCUUGUUACCCCUUGUUACCCCUUGUUACCCCUUGUUACCCCUUGUUACCCUUUGUUACCCCUGUUACCCCUGUUACCCCUUGUUACCCCUGUUACCCCUUGUUACCCCUGUUACCCCUUGUUACCCUUGUUACCCCUUGUUACCCCUUGUUACCCCUGUUACCCGUUGUUACCGCUUUUACCCGUUACCCCUUGUUACCCCCGUUACCCCUUGUUACCCCUUGUUACCCCUGUUACCCCUACCCUGUUACCCCCCUUGUUACCCCUGUUACCCUUUGUUACCCCUUGUUACCCCUUGUUACCCUUGUUACCCCUUGUUACCCCUUGUUACCCUUUGUUACCCUUGUUACCCCUUGUUACCCCUUGUUACCCUUGUUACCCUUUGUUACCCCUUGUUACCCCUUGUUACCCUUGUUACCCUUGUUACCCUUGUUACCCUUUGUUACCCUUGUUACCCCUUGUUACCCUUUUUUACCCCUUGUUACCCCUUUUUACCCUUGUUGCCCCUUGUUACCCUUUGUUACCCUUGUUACCCUUGCUACCCUUUGUUACCCCUUCUUACCCUUGUUACCCCUUGUUACCCCUUGUUACCCCUUGUUACCCCUUGUUACCCUUGUUACCCUUCUUACCCUUCUUACCCCUGUUACCCCUUGUUACCCCUGUUACCCUUUGUUACCCUUGUUACCCCUUGUUACCCCUGUUACCCCUUGUUACCCCUUGUUACCCCUGUUACCCCUGUUACCCCUUGUUACCCUUUGUUACCCCUGUUACCCCUUGUUACCCUUUGUUACCCCUGUUACUCGUUGUUACCUCUUGUAACCCCUUGUUACCCUUGUUACCCCUGUUACCCCUUGUUACCCCGGUUACCCUUUGUUACCCUUUGUUACCCUUGUUACCCCUUGUUACCCCUUUUACCCCUGUUACCCCUUGUUACUCCUUGUUACCCUUGUUACCCCUUUUUACCCUUGUUACCCCUGUUACCCCUUGUUACCCCUGUUACCCUUUGUUACCCUUUGUUACCCUUGUUACCCCUUGUUACCCCUGUUACCCCUGUUACCCCUUGUUACCCUUUGUUACCCCUGUUACCCCUUGUUACCCUUUGUUACCCCUGUUACCCUUGUUACCCUUUGUUACCCUUGUUACCCCUUGUUACCCCUGUUACCCCUGUUACCCCUUGUUACUCUCUGUUACCCCUUUUACCCCUUGUUACCCUUUGUUACCCCUGUUACCCCUUGUUACCCUUUGUUACCCUUGUUACCCCUGUUACCCCUUGUUACCCCUGUUAUCCUUUGUUACCCCUUGUUACCCCUGUUACCCCUUGUUAUCCUUGUUACCCCUUCUGUUACCACCCUUUACCCCUGUUACUCCAUUACCCCUUGUUACCCUUGUUACCCCUUGUUACCCUUGUUACCAUUUUUACCCUUGUUACCCCUUGUUACCCUUGUUGCCCCUUUUACCCCUUGUUACCCUUUGUUACCUCUUGUUACACUUUGUUACCCCUUGUUACCUCUUCUUACCCUUUGUUAACCCUUGUUACCCCUUGUUACCCCUGUUACCCCUGUUACCCCUUGUUACUCUCUGUUACCCCUGUUACCCCUUGUUACCCUUUGUUACCGCUGUUACCCCUUGUUACCCGUUGUUACCCUUGUUGCCCCUUUUACCCCCUGUUACCCUUUGUUACCUCUUGUUACCCUUUGGUACCCAUUGUUACCUCUUGUUACUCCUUGUUUCCCCUUGUUAACCCUUGUUAUCCCUGUUACCCCUUUUUACCCUUGUUACCCCUGUUACCUGUUUUUACCCCUGGUACCCCUUUUAGCCUUUGUUACCCCUUUGUUACCCCUUGUUACCCCUGGUUACCCCAUGUUGCCCCUUGUUACCCUUGUUACCCCUGUUACCCCUUGUUACCCCUGUUACUCCUUUUUACCCCUGUUAGCCCUUGUUACUCCUUGUUACCCUUGUUACCCCUUUUACCCUUUCUUACCCUUUUGUUACCCCUUGUUACCCCUUGUUACCCCAUGUUAUUUCUUGUUACCCUUGUUACCCCUGUUACCCCUUGUUACCCCUGUCAUCCCUUGUUACCCUUGUUUCUCUUUGUUACCCCAUGUUAUCCCUGUUACCCCGUUUUACCCAUGUUACCCUUUGUUACCCUUGUUACUCCUUGUUAUCCUUGUUACCCCUGUUACCCUUUGUUACCCCUGUUACCCCUUGUUAACCUUUGUCACCCUUAUUACCCUUGUUAUCCCUUGUUAUCACUUUUUACCCCUUGUUACGCCUUGUUACCCCUUUUACCCCUUGUUACCCCUUUUACUCCUGUUACCCUUUUUACCCCUUUUACCCCUUGUUACCUUUGUUACAAUUGUUGUCCCUGGUCCCCUUUGUUACCUCUUGUUACCCCUUGUUACCCUUGUUGCCCCUUCUUACCCCAGUUACCCCGUGUUACCCUUCUUACCCCUGUUACCCCUUGUUACCCUUGUUACCCUUGUUACCCUUUUUUACCUCUGUUACCCCUUGUUACCCCUGUUACCCCUGUUACCCCUUCUUACUCUUUGUUACCCCUGUUACUCCUUGUUACCCCUUGUUACCCCUUUUAUCCUUUGUUACCCCUUGUUACCCCUGUUACCCCUUGUUACCCUUUGUUACCCUUUUUACCCCUGUUAUCCCUUGUUAUCACUUUUUACCCCUUUUUACCCCUUGUUAUCCCUUUUACCCUUUUUACCCCUGUUACCCCUUGUUAUCCCUUUUCCUCCAUUACCCCUUGUUACCUUUGUUACCCCUUGUUACCCUUGUUGCCCCUUUUACCCCUUGUUACUCUUUGUUACCUCUUGUUACACUUUGUUACCCCUUGUCACCUCUUCUUACCCCUUGUUACCCCUUGUUAACCCUUGUUACCCCUGUUACCCCUUGUUACCCCUCUUACCCCUUGUUACCCUGCUUACCCCUUGUUCCCCUUUGUUACCCCUUUUACCCCUUGUUACCCAUGUUACCCCUUGUUACCCUUGUUACCCCUUCUUACCUCUUGUUACCCCUCUUACCCCUUGUUACCCUUCUUACCCCUGUUGCCCCUUGUUACGCCUUGUUACCCCUUGUUACCCCUUGUUAUCCCUGUUACCCCUUCUUACCCCUCUUACCCCUUGUUACGCCUGUUACCCCAGUUAUCCUUUGUUACCCCUUGCUACCCCUGUUACCCCUGUUACCCCUUGUUACCCCUGUUACCUUGUUAGUUUUUUUAUCCCUUUUUACCCUUGUUACCCCUUGUUACCCCUCUUAGCCCUUGUUACUUUUUUUUACCCCUUGUUACCCUUGUUACCCCUUUUACCCCUUGUUACCCUUUGUUACCUAUUAAUACCCUUUGUUAACCCUUGCUACCUCUUGUUACCCGUUGUUACCCCUGUUACCCCUUGUUAACCCUUGUUACCCCUGUUUUUCCUUGUUACCCCUGUUAUCCCUUGUUACCCCUCUUACCCCUUGUUCCCCGUAGUUAUUCUUUGUUACCCCUUCUUACUUUUGCUACCCCUUGUUACCUCUGUUGCCCCUUGUUACCUUUUGUUACCCCUGUUAGCUCUUGUUACCCUUUGUUACCCUUGUUACCCCUUGCUACCUCUGUUACCCCUUGUUACCUCUGUUAUCCCUUCUUACCCCUCUUACCCCUUGUUACCCCUUGUUACUGCUGUUACCUCUUGUUACCCUUAUUAGCCCUUUUACCCUUUGUUACCCCUUGUUAGCCUUGUUACCCCUGUUACCCCUUGUAACCCUUUUUUGUCGGUUACGCCUUGUUACCGUUGUUACCCUUUGUUACCCCUGGUACCCCUUGUUACCCCUUGUUACCCCUGUUACCCCUGGUUACCCCUUGUAGCCCUGUCACCCCUUGUUACCCCUGUUACCCCUUGUUACCCUUUGUUACCCCUGUUACCCCUGGUUACCCUUUGUUACCCCUGUUAGCCCUUGUUACCCAUUGCUACCUUUGUUCCCCCUUAUUACCCCUUGUUACCCCUGUUAUCCCUUGUUACCCCUGUUACCCUUGUUACCCUUUGUUACCCUUGUUACUCCUGUUACCCCUUGUUAUCCCUUGUUACCCCUUGUUACCCCUUCUUACCUCUUGUUUCCCCUCUUACCCCUUGUUACCCUUCUUACCCCUGUUUCCUUUUGUUACCCCUUGUUACCUUUUAUUAGCCCUGUUACUCCUUGUUACCCCUUUUUACCCUUGUUCCCCUUGUUACCGUUGUUACCCUUGUUACCCUUGUUACCCCUGUUACUUCUUGUUACCUCUGUUACCCCUUGUUACCCCUGUUACUCCUUGUUACCCCUUGUUAUUCUUUUUGCCCCUUGUUACUUCUUUUUACCCCUUUUACUCCUUGUUACCCCUUGUUACCCCUGUUACCCCUUGUUACCCUUGUUACUCCUGUUACUCGUGUUUACCCUUGUUGCCCCUUUUUACCCCUGUUACUCUGUUACCCCUUGUUACCCUUGUUACCCCUUGUUACCCUUGCUACCCCUGUUACCCCUUUUUACCCCUUGUUACCCCUUGUUACCCCUGUUACUCCUUUUUACCCCUGUGUCCCCUUGUUACCCCGGUUACUCCAUUAGCCCUUGUUACCCUUGUAACCCCUUUUACCCCUGUUACCCCUUUUUACCCUUGUUACCCCUUGUUACCCUUUUUACCCCUCUUACCUCUUGUUACUCCUUGUUAACGCUGGUUACCCUUUGUCUCCCCUUGUUACCCUUGUUACCCCUGUUACUUCUUGUUACCUUUUGUUACCCAUUGUUACCU